AUGGAGGGCGUUUGGAGGGCCACGGGCGACGUGGUCAUUUUCCUGGACAGCCAUAUCGAGGCUACUCCUGGCUGGAUGCAGCCACUCUUAGCGAGAAUCAAGGAGGACCCAAAGAAGGUCGUCCUGCCCAAGGUGGACAGCAUCGAUGCAGAGACCUUUCAGUACACAUCAUCGCCGCGCGACGGGAUUGGCGUUCUUGGAUUUUCCUGGAGCCUGGGGCAACGGCCAUGGCCUGUGGCAGACUACGGGCAG